AUUACAUCUUCCUCUGCUAUUAGUAAUUGACACUACAUACAUACAACCUGCUCAUUUUUUGAAGUUCCACUUUGACUAUGAAUCCUGGAAAUGUUGACGAGGAAUUGCCCUACGAUUCAUCAGCAGAUGAAGUCGCUGACUCUCUGGCUGAGUACACGUUGGAAGGAAAAUGGGAAAAGGUUAUCAAAAUGUACAAUGAAGUGGAAGUGUGUCACACCGCAAUGAUCAACGAGUCCAUGGGCACUGCACUGCACGUGGCCGUAGAUUUGGACGAAGAAGGUGUGGUUGAAGAGCUUGUGAAGGCAAUUAUUCGGCACAGGCAGGGAGAGCAAAGUGUGAAGAUCAAGGCUCUAGAAAUGGAGAACGACCACGGAGAUACCCCUCUGCACGUAGCAGCGUCCAGGGGGUUCGCAAAAAUAUGUAAGUUGAUCAUUGGAACCAACAAUGAAAGGAUGUAUUUGGUGAGUCGAAAAAACAAACAUGGGGAGACACCUCUUUUUCAAGCUGCUAUCAACUGGAAGAAACAGGCUUUUGCUUAUCUCUCUCACAUUUCCAACCACAGCGCCACCUUGCAAGAUCUUGAAAGGGGCAAUGGUGACACUAUUCUUCACUGUGCUAUUAGGAGAGAAUAUUUCGAUUUGGCUGUGAUAAUAGUGCAAUAUUAUGAUUUUCUUAGCACACAUAAGAAUAUAGAGGGAUUAACUCCUCUCACAGUCCUUGCCACUAGGCCGUCGGCCUUCAGAAGUGCAAGCAAACUUUCAUGGUGGAAACAAAUACUGUACCACUGUAUACUUGUAGAAUCACUGGACCCUGAAGGACAAAUGAAGGCGAACUUGGGAAAGAUGGAGGAUCCUAAGUCUGAUAAAAUGAAUUAUCCAAAGAACUACGCCACAUUAUAUGAUUUAUUUGGUGGAUUGUUAAGUGUUGCUGCUCUAAUUGGAAAGAUGCCUUCGGAAAAUAAUCAGCAUGACACAGAAAACCCAUCAACCAACAAGUAUACAUUUGGAUUUGGAACUAGUCAGGUUGGAUUUUUGCCACCAAAUUAUGCAACUUUUCAACAAUUUGUGAGGUCUGCAUAUGUACAUACUCUUGGCCUUUCAGGAGCGGAAUUAAAGGAAAUAAAGAAGACAAAAAAGAGGCAUCAAUGGAGUAGUCAACUCUUGAAGGCACUAUUGAAAAGGCCUUAUGCAGCAUUCACAGGAAGCGGGGGAAAACCAACCGAUUUGGAAGUUGAAGCAGAUAUGUAUAAUGUUUAUAGCCAAUAUAAACAAGGUGAAACCACCGGAUUGGGGGGGUUGGAAGAAGAAAAGAAAACUGAGGCUGAUGACAAAAAAAAUUCAAGUCCAAGUGAGACAAUUAGAAAGGAAACUGAUGAACGUGCUGACGAGAAGAACAUUGACAAAAAGGAGACAGCAUUUUUGGUUGCAGCAAGAAAUGGCAUAGUUGAAAUGGUGAAUGAAAUUUUAUAUCGAAUUCCAAGUGUCAUCCACAACGCUAAUUCAAAGAAAGAAAAUGUGUUGCUCGUGGCAGUGAAGAACAGGCAACCCCUAGUUGUUGAGUGUUUGAAAAUGAAAAUGCAGUCAAAGCCAGAAGUUUGGAAUAACUUGAUUCUGGCAGUAGAUGAUGAUGAGAACACCAUGUUGCAUUUGGCAGCAUAUGCUCCAGGCGGGGAUAAACCUUGGCAGAUAGCUGGUUCUGCAUUGCAAAUGAUGUGGGAUAUAAAAUGGUUUCAGUAUAUUAAAAGCCUUGUGCCACAACACUUUUACUUUAGAAGCGACAAGAAGGCCAAAACAGCUGGGGAAAUCUUUGAGGACACACAUAAAGAACUCAUAAAGGAAAGUGGUGACUGGUUGAAGGAUACAUCUGAAUCUUGUUCUGUGGUGGCUGCACUUGUUGCUGGCGUUUCCUUUGCUACAGCCAGCAGCAUCCCUGGUGGAACCAACGACGAAGGUAAGCCUAAUUUAGAAGGCAAGCCUGCAUUCGAUGUAUUUGCCAUUGCUUCACUCGUUGGACUUUGCUUCUCAGUCACUGGACUCAUAAUGUUCCUUACUAUACUCACUUCACGAAAGCAAGCCAAAGAUUUCCGCAGAGAUUUGCCACUCAAGCUUCUUCUUGGCCUGAGUUCACUUUUCAUAUCCAUUGCUGCCAUGGUUGUCUCUUUCUGCACCGGCCAUUUUUUUCUGCUUAGUCACAGAUACAAGAUGGUCCUAUACCCCAUUUAUGGAGCCACUUGUUUUCCUGUGACUUUUUAUGCUGUGGCUCAGUUUCCACUAUACUUUGAUCUUCUAACGGCCAUUUUAACUAAGGUGCCUCGGGCAAGUGAUAAAGGAGACAAGUUAUAGCUAGGAGCUUCUACCAUAUCAUUGAUUCAGUGUGGUUUUGGAUUCGUGUAAUUCUUAUACAAAUCAUUUUUGGUUUGUUACUUUUCCUUUUGAGUCACCUUUUUGUUUGUGGGGUGUGCAUUUAUUUAAUAAUAUAGCUAUGGAAAUUAAAAAGCUUUUGAAUUGUAGCCAGGCUGUGUUGGUCGUGCUACAAAGUUUGC